AUGCACUUCAUUCACGAACUUCACGCAGUUUUGGAUCCUAGCAAAAGCAAUGAAAGAAAAGCGGAAAAUCGGGCGGGGAAAAUUCGCAAGGUCCGGAUCCUCGGAAAUGGCACUGGCUUCACCUUCCUGACGAACCUGAAGCCACGAUCUUACGGAGUUUUAAGGUCAAGGUUAUCCGAAUGUGAAGUGUCGGUGUUCGUGUUCGAGAAGAAAACGGCGGAGAAGUUGCACAAACCGCGGCGGAGGGAGACGGUCACGGAGCUCCUCAGACACGGAAUUAGACAACUCGAGCGAUACCGUCACCCGAGACUCCUUCAGGUGGUGGCAGGACCUGAGGACACUCCGGAGACUCUGUCCUUCUACUCCGAGCCCGUGAUGGCGUCCUUGGCCAACAUCAUCACUCCGGCAGACGAGAAGGAGAAGGAGAAGGGCACGGGAGUGUCCAAGGAUUAUAACUUCCUUGAAAUCGAGCUGAAAUAUGGCAUCUUGCAGCUGACGGAGGCCCUGUCGUUCUUGCAUUACUCUUGCCAUGUUGUUCACCGCAACGUCACCCCAGCUUCCGUGUUUGUCACCAAGAGAGGAACGUGGAAGCUAGCGGGCCUCGAGUUCACGGAAAAGGUCGCCGAAGGGGAAGGUCACGACACCAUCACAGUGCAGUCAUGGACGUCCCGCGUUCCAAAAAUGACCCAACCUGACCUUGACUUCAUUGCUCCCGAAGUCCAGACGAGUUCAUCCUGCAGUGUUGUGAGCGAUAUGUUCUCCCUCGGGAUGUGUGUAUGUGCAAUCUUCAACUCGGGGAAGUCCCUCAUCGAAGCCAACCACUCCUCCUCACUCUACCAGAAGCAACUGGAUGUGCUAGGUGAACAGGUGAACAACGUCCUGCCGAAGAUCCCCCUGGGACUGCAGGAAGCUGUGGUGAGACUAGUGAGCAAGGACAUAAGGCAGAGACCCACUUCGCAGCUGGUGGCGCUUAUCAAGUAUUUCAGCGACCCAGCCGUCCACGCGCUGCAGUUCCUCGACGUCAUCAACAUGAAGGACCCGACGCAGAAAAGUCACUUCUACCGCACUACCCUGAUGGAGGUCAUGCCCCAGAUCCCUAAGAAGCUGUGGUUCCUUCACGUGUGGCCGUCCCUGCAGCAGGAGAUGAGGACCCAGGAGGUGCUGGCGGCCGUCCUUCAGCCGAUCCUCAAGCUCAUCUCGGAGAUUUCGACGGAUGAAUAUGAGAACAUUGUCCUGCCUCAUUUUCGCGUGGUGUUCAACCUGCCGAAGUCCAUCCAGGCUUCAGUCACGCUGCUGGAAAACAUCCACAUUAUCCUCGAGAAAACGCCAUCAGAAGACAUCGCUACCGAUAUUCUACCCAUUAUCUACUCGGGGCUGGAAUCUACCACGAUCCAAGUGCAGGUCGCGGCUGUGGUCGCGGCGAGCAACGCGUCCGAACACCUGGACGUCGACUCCAUCAAGAAGACCGUCCUCCCCCGAACCAAAGCCAUCUACGAGAAGAACCCUUCGGACGUGGCGCUGUGCCUGACGGUCCUGGGCUGCAUCGAGAGGAUUCUGGACAAGCUCGAGAGAUCAGCCAUCAUUGACGACGUGAUGCCCAUCCUAAAUGACGUAAAACUCCAGGACGCGGAUGUCACUGUAAAGGUUGUGAACAUUUAUCGUCUUAUGCUUGGCGUUAAGAAAUUUGGGCUGAGUGUCAACCUGCUGGCCACCAAGGUCCUCCCCUCGCUGCUUCCCCUCACCGUCAGCCCUUCGCUAAACCUCCUGCAGUUCUCGUUUCUGCUGCAGACGAUUCACGAAAUGCUCGACCACAUCGACAAACAGCAGAGGAACAAACUCAAACUGGACAACCUGAGUCUCUCGAGCCCCGGAGAGAAGAGGCUCCUGCGGCACCAGCUGAGCUCCGACAACAUGUCCCUGUCGCCGUUCUCUCCCGUGCCCAAUGUCAAGAUCCAGGACCCGAGGAUGUCUUCGAGCGCCGAGGAUGUCCUGUCACGUCGGGGGUCGUCAGGUAUAGGAUUCAUAGGAUACUCUCUGUCAGGGCCUUCCUCUCCGGACUCGCAUCUGCUCCGAGUCCAGUCAGCGUUCAUAGGGCGCCGCCUCUCAGACAACGAACUCAUGAUGCCCCCGAAGAUCAGGGUGGCUCACUCCUCCGCCUCCUCCCCCGGGGAAACCUCCACGGGGUCGCUGCCCAUCAGGAGACACUCAAGCAUCGGCCCAGAGAGAAGGGGAUCCACCUGUGCCAACCUCUCGCCUCCAACUGUAACUGGUGGGCGGGCGAGGUCUCUCAGCUCGAGUCUAGCCAACGCCAGCAAGAGUGUUCCGAUGCUCCUCACGCCUUCGCCGGGCUCCAAGAUGGGCUCCAGGAGGCAGUCCACGUGCUCCAUCAGCUCCAUCGGCGGCCUGGACUCCCGAAGGUCAUCGACAGCCUCCAUCGGCAACCCGCUCGGGGGCUCCUAUAAGUCCCAUCGGCGCCCAUCGGCUCUCAUCUCGAACUCCUCGAGUGGUAACCUUCUGCAGCAGUUGUCCGCCGGCGUGGUGAGUACAUACCAGCUCUUCUCCAGCAAAUCAUAA